AUGACCCUACCGACAAGUCUACCACAGGUCACAAUCCAGGCGGAUGCCUUUACGGCCAUCGAGGACGUUGAACAAGGAGUCAUAGAGAACGAGGACAUAUGGAUCAGCUGCUAUGAUUCGUCCAUGCCAUCGGUGCAUGGUAAGGUGGCGGUGAUGAUAUCAGAUGAAGAUCGAACCCAAUGUGCUUUCAAGGGAAGAGAUGGUGUCCAAUGCGAACGGAUUCAGAAUACGAUAUUUGCCGUUAGUUGUCCGGCCCUGCAUAUAGACAACCGCUCUAUUCAUUUCCCUACUCAUGUUAUAACCCUUCCGGAAGUAACAUCUACAAAAACCUCCUCGAAACUGGACAAAGGAAUUAACAACUUGGACAUAUCUCCCGAUGGCCAGCUAUGGGUGGCUGCACUAGGAAAUGGCUCGGUCUUGGUUGGUGCUGGUCCAUCUAAAGCAAGAAAGGAUACGCCAGCACCUCUUGAAGGAAACUACCACAAGGGCGCAGUUUCAACUGUCCAACUGGUUAAACCUACCACAUCUACCGCCAAUCCUCGUAUUCUUUCCGGCUCGGAGGACUUUAGCCUCGUGUUAUCCGAGUUUCCUGGUUUCUCGUCACUGGCCCAGGUCAACUCCAGCGCACUAAUCAGCCAGACGCUCCUUCCCCCCAGCAUUCGUCUGACAUCACACACUCGCUCCGUAACCUCGGCCCGGGUACUUCCAUGCGGGACAAAAGCCAUCUCAGCAGGCCGCGAUGGCACCCUUCGAGUCUGGGACCUAACUCCCGAAUCUACCUCUGUGAGCCGACAGAUCGGGAUGGUCCGUUCUAAUGGAGAUGUAGCCAUCAAUUCGUUCGCAUUAUCAUUCGCUCACUCUGCUUCUUUGGCCGUCCUCGCUCUUCAGUCAGGCCACUUUGACCUCGUCGAUGUAGACUCCCGAAACACAUUGUUUAGUACUUCUUCGGCUGGAUUCGAAUACACCAGAAAUGGACCGCUCGAUGCAAUAGAUAUUUACCCUCUUUAUACAGCCCACAAGUAUCUGGUAGCAACAGGAUCGCAGCGUGGUGUUAUCUCGUUCUUUAUAUGCACCAUAGACAACGGAAGUGUGGUCACAACUAACCUUGGUAGUUGUAUAAGGAACGGCGCAGGGAUUUCAGACGUCAAGUUCAUACCUCUGCUGAAAGAUUCUAUAGGCAAGUGGAUCCAGUCCGCGCGAUACACUCCCUCAGCCAAAAAAUUUGUUACAGAUGCAUAUCCUCGCCUGCUAGUCGCGACUAUGAUGGCCUCCCCUACCAACUUCAAAUAUCUCAAAAAUCGGAUUCAGCCGGCGUCCAAUUUCAGGUGA